GUCACAGUCAGCCGGCAGGUAAUUAUAACUGCGCCUACGAGAGUGCAGCAGGGACGUCAAUGGCGGGAAAGAGCAUGGAGGUAGCGGACGUAAGCGCGUAGGAAUCAGUUGAACUUGGGAAGUCGUUCGUUAGUGAUGUGAGUGCACGAUGUUGUGGGUGUUGGUCCUCUUCUUGUCGUCGCUGCUUGGUGUUCAAGGACAAAAUCUAGGAUUUAUUGAAGUUCCACAAAACAUCAGUGCUACAGUUGGAGAGUCACUGUUACUGAAGUGCAAAGCAAACUCUGUAGUAGAAGAUUGUCGGUGGUCAUGGCAAUCACUUGAAGGUGGUCCUAAUGGCACAGUGACAUUGGUGAAAGAAUACCCAGCAUUUGGUGAUGACAGGAACGAUUGUAGUGUGAAGUUCAGUAGUUUAUUGGCACAACAGCAAGGUUUUUGGAUAUGUGGAAUUCGUGGCCCAGGGAGUAGCAGCUUCAUAAAUUCACCUCCUGCAAAGCUGGUACUUUACAAUACAAUUGAUUUUUCUGAGGUAAUAAAGGAUACCGUUCUGGAAGUUGGUCAACAGCUGCUUCUGACUUGUAAAACGGCUCAAAAAGUGAAGGAUUGUCAGUGGACAUGGAGGGGGCUGACAGCAAACAAUGAGACAGAGCUGACAGUCAAGACAUUUCCGGCAUUUGGGAAUGAUAGUCGAGACUGUAGCAUUCGUUUAAGCAGUGUGCUAAUUGAACAGGCGGGUUUCUGGACUUGCGGUGCUCGUAAUUCUGAAUUUAACUUCACAAGAGCUCAGCCAACAAAACUUACUGUCCAGCACCCACAGGAAGAAGUUGAAUUUUCAGAGCUGGCAUAUGAUACUGAAGUGAGCGUUGGUAAGCCACUUGUACUUACCUGCAAGACAGUGAAGCCUGUGGAGGAAUGUCAGUGGACUUGGAAGUCAACACCAUCAACUAACAAGGCCACAGGAGUAGUAAUGAAGCAGUUCCCAUCAUUUGGAAAUGAGAGCAGAGACUGCAGCAUCCGUUUUGACAGUGUGGUGAGUGAACAAGAAGGAAUCUGGACAUGUGCUGCUCGCUUCAAGUGGCAAAAUUAUUUCACUGCUGCACAUCCUGUACAACUAUCCAUCUUUACAGGAGUGGCAUUUGUGCAGCUCUCCCAGGACAUUCAGAUUGCUAUCGGAGAGCCCGUAUUACUGCGCUGUGUAACGAACACAGCAGUGGAGCUCUGUCAGUGGUCGUGGCAGCCACUUAACAGGGCCAAUGAGACUGCCGUUGUGGUUAAACAGUUCCCGGCUUUUGGUGAAGAUGGACGUGACUGCAGUGUGCGAUUCAAGAGUGUUCUGGAAGAACAAGAAGGCAUCUGGAUCUGUGCUGUGCGUUUGUAUACACAUUCUGCUUUCACUACAGCCUCUCCCCCAGCUACGCUGACGUUGCUUCCUGCAGUGCGAGUAAAAUUCUUAGAGCGGCCAGAAGAUGUGAACGUGGCAGUUGGAGACUCAGCUCUACUGCGUUGUGUUGCUACAACAGCCGUGAAUGACUGUCGGUGGACUUGGCGGCCCUUUACUGAGCCCAACAAAACAGAAGUGGUAGUGAAACAGUUUCCUGCAUUUGGCAACUACAGCCGAGAUUGCAGUGUACGCUUCCGUAGUGUGCUGAAAGAGCAAGAGGGUCUUUGGGGAUGCACUGUAACAGGUCCACCAAAUUUUACCUUGCUGGCAGCUCCUCCCGCAAAGCUUACUGUGUUUGUACCAGUGCCAAUAAAAUUUGUAGAACUCUCUCAGGAUAUCCAGAUGCCACCAGGUGGACCACUGACAAUUCGCUGCAGAACAGCUUCUGAAGUGGAGGAAUGCAAGUGGAUAUGGCAUUCGCUGGAUGAAUCAAAUUCAACAGAGGUUGUGGUUAAACAUUUCCCAGCACUAGGGAACAACAGUAAAGAUUGCAGCUUGCAUUUCGACGUGGUGCUGUCCGAGCAUGAGGGAAACUGGACUUGUGCUGCGAGAAAUCCUGGGGAGACACAUUUCACAUCUGCGCCUCCUGCCCAUCUCACCUUGCUCCAGCCAGAAUCUGUUAUGGUGGCGUUGUGGUCAGCCCCUGAACAUAAAGUGAGCUUGGGAUGCCGCCUCAGUGCUCCAAGGCCUACAGCAGUAUGUCGCUGGCACCACCCACCACAUGUAUCUGUGACCACUGGAGACCAGCCACACAGGUAUUCCUUGGAAUAUAAUAAAAGUGUGGGUAUAUGUACAGUCAUUUUUGGUCCAGAGAUGGAUGAUUUGGGGCAGUGGAGCUGUAUCUUUACAAUAAAUGAUUGGGAAAUAGCAUCUGCAACUCUUGUGCUACUCAAUACACCACCAGAUGAAAAACUUGGUUGGCUUGUUGGUGUUUUGGCAGCAAUGGUACUUAUUCUAACAGUUGUUGUAGUGGCCAUGUUUGUAUGCAAGUGUCGGAAACAGGAGUCUACAAAUAAAAAUGGCCUUGGUAAUCCAGUACUCUCGGGACAGUCUGGAGACAAAAAGAGUCCUGAUCGAUACACUGACUCCCCUACCAAAAUUAACUUUCAGUUUGGGGAAACUGCAGGACAAACCAUUUCUGCUCCCACUGCUGCUCCUGAAAUCCCUAGUACAACACCUCAGCACAUCUAUGAGCGUGUUGACCGGUACGUCAGUCCUACCACAUCUAAGAGCAUCUAUGAGAACGUUGAAUGAGUCUCGAAUGAAGUGAUAUACAUACCUUACCAAAUGUAAAUAGCCAAAGAUUGUGCACAUAAAGGUUAUCGAUGGAGAAUGAAAGCAUAGGGUCCUGGGAGUGUUUUACAUCGUAUUUCCAAGUUAAAUCUUCCAGUAUUUUCUUUAUUUUCUUCCAUUGUUUGUCUUUCAGUUGUACAUAUUGACUCAAUGAACAAAAUGUUCACUUUAUAAAUAAUAGAGUGAAAAUGGUAUGUACUUCACUGUGACCUACAUGCUGCAUACAUGAUAUUUGCAUAUGGCACAGCUGUCGUGUCAUAAUGUCCUAUGUAGGUUCUAAAGCUGUAUGACUAGUUUCUCAGAAAUUUUACUAGCACAA